AAAUGUAAACGUCGUGUCGAAAUCGUAUAAUUUCUUAUAAACAUUUCUUACAUUCGCAAUUAUUAAAUAUCUAAUUAUUGUCUACGCAACGAAGGUUCGAGAAUCAUUUUUUUUACGUAAUUAAUUUUUAAUAUUCAAAAUUGUCCGUGCACGAACUUUAAAUGAAUGGAAAUCAAAAGUUUUGAUAAAGGAAUUUCGAUAACGUAAGUGGCUUUUGAACGGCACUUAUCUCAGAAUGGUCGGAUGCGGCACGCCUACUCCCUGCAUUUCGUACGCUUAUCCUUUAUUGAAAACAUCUUCCAUGCACAAAACGCUAGAUUACAAUUACACCUGCAGUAAUAACUGCUCCGGACAUGGUGACUGUUACGAUGGUAUCUGCCUCUGUGAGGUUCAGUAUAGUGGAGGGAAUUGUACCGAUCCCAAUUUAAGCUACUUCAUCGCAUUUUCCACAAUAUUCUAUAUAAUAUCUGUCGUUUCUUUCAUUCAAUUAUUAUUAUGCAUCAAGGCCGAAUUCGGACGGAUGAAGACGCCUUCGGUUUUGAGAGCGUGCAGAGUCACCACCCAGAAGGCGCUCUAUCUUCUCGUUGGAAUUGCCACGGCUAUCAGAGGAUUCUAUUUCUCUUCUCCUGAUAUUGCUGCUCUUCAGUGGGCUUCGAGCCUGAUGAGUGCAUAUUAUCCCGUUCUACUUACGGGAUCAUCCUUGAUCGUUUGUUUUUGGGCCGAGGUUUUUCACGUUAGAGAUCUUUGUUUAGAUAAUCCAAGAUUUCUAACCAAGUCGUUCCUAGGGUUCAUUACGUUUAAUAUAAUAACUUAUUCUCUUCUUUUGGCUGAAUUGUUAUUGCUUCAGUUUACUGACUCUACAGAUAAGAGCUUAUUCACCAGUGUAUUCAAUGCUUGUUAUGCACUCUUAAUGUUAAUUGUCAUUGGAUUUUUUCUUUUUUAUGGUGUUGAAGUCUUUUUCAAAGUUCGAGGAGGCUUUAUUCGUAAUCCCAGUGCACCCACCAAUACUUCACAGCUUCAUCAGUCUCGAUUCGGUUUGCUUUCUCAGGCAUUUUUAUUAAUUAUAACUGUCGGAUUCAUUGUUUCCGACGUUUUAGGAAGCUGUUGGAAAGACAAAGUUCCCGUGUUUAGUCGAAAUUUUCAUCACGUUCUGUUUAGAGUGGUUGAAAUGGGAGUUGCUCUAUGGUUUCCCUGUGUCUUAUGGAACUGUGUCAGACCUGAGCAGUUAUGGAUAUUAAAUCCUCGAAAGAUUUUGGAAAGACUGGAAUGUGACAGACGUCCUCAUCCCGGAGAAGCCGAAAAUCUAGUUAGCAUCCCAAAGACUACAAUUACUAAAUUAGAAUCAAAUGUUAUCAGCGAGAAAUCGUUGGAGUGUUGGAUUUGCUACGACACCGACAGAAUGGACGCGGGCCCGCUCAUUCAGCCGUGUCACUGUAAAGGAGAUGUCUCUUUCGUUCAUCAUGACUGUCUAAAAAUGUGGCUAGUUGAGUCUGCAGGCUCACCCGAAAACAUGAAAUGUAAGGUUUGCAACGAACAGUACGAACUGGAACGUGGUUACGUGUGGCUCCCGAAUGGUUUUUCUGCCACUCACUGGGUGCAGACAGCCAGCAUAAUAACGGUCAUGUGCAGUUCUAUAGGAGGGGCCUGCCUGGUGGUCAGAAUAUUUUCUAACGUGGGAAUACGCACUCUGGCAGUGGGACUGGCCUUACUGGUGCAGUAUGUCUGUCUCAGACUGCUCGGAAUUAGCAUCCUCACUGCCUACCACAGAGCCAAAUUUUCGGCCGUGAAGAUAAUGGGACGGAAAUCCACAGACAACCAGAGUUUGGUAGACAAGAGUGCGCCCGACCGGGCCGAACACGUCAUGAGGUUAGAAGACUAUCUCAUUAACGAUUUAAAUAAGGAGAAAAUGUAGCCAGCUCAAGAUCUGUGACAGUAAAAGGACAGGAGAUGCCAGUGGUGGUAGACCUCACUACGUAUGCCAAAUAUUAAUUUAUCUCUCGAAAUUUCAUUCCACUUACACUCAAAGAGUGUAUUUCGGCAACAAUGAGUUUUCCAUUUUAUUAUAUACUUUGUAAUUGUUUUAUUGACUCUAAAAAGUUAACCAUUCUAGAGUCGAGCCGGUUCCAUACUACCGUAGUUAAGUUACUUUCUCUGUUUUAGAAAUUCCCACGUUUGUUUCGAUAACAAUUAAAUAUGUAAUUCGGUUAAAAUAGAAAUUGUUCUAUGUAUAUUUAGAUAUCAAAUAAAGUUUGUAAAAACUAUA